AUGGAGGAAACCAAACACACGCUCGAAUCAGAUCUGAAGCGAAGAUCGAAACUGGAAGCACCUGUGGGGAAUAAAAUAUUUCAAGAAUUCAAGACGUUUGUUAAAAUUGAUGGAAAUGCGUCGCUUAUAUCUGGAGGCAUCGCAGGAGCCAUUUCUCGUACUGUUGUGUCUCCUUUUGAGCGUGCUAAGAUUCUUUUGCAAUUACAAGGAGCCGGAACAGGACAUGCGUAUAAUGGGAUGUUUAACACAAUUUUUAAAAUCUUCAAAGACGAAGGAUGGGUGGGAUUAUUUCGGGGUAAUUUAUUAAAUUGCAUUAGAAUUUUCCCGUAUAGUGCAGUUCAGUAUGCUGUGUUUGAAAAAUGCAAACAAUUAUUUAUAGCUAGAAAGCACGGUAAAGAUAAAGAGUUAUUUGUAUACGAGAGACUUAUUUCAGGGUCAGUUGGUGGCAUCGUAUCAGUUGCUGUAACAUAUCCGUUGGAUUUGGUGCGAGCAAGAAUUACGGUUCAAACUGCCUCAUUAUCGAAGCUUGACCGGGCCAAGCUAAAGAAACCUCCUGGAAUUUUCGAAACUUUACAAACUGUUUACAAAACAGAAGGUGGAUUUCUUGCGUUGUAUCGUGGCAUAGUGCCAACAACAUUAGGUGUCGCACCGUAUGUUGCUAUCAACUUCACCUUAUAUGAGAAACUUAGAGAAUACAUGGAUGAAUCUCCACGAGAUUUUUCAAAUCCAAUAUGGAAAUUAUCUGCGGGAGCAUUUGCUAGUUUUGUUGGCGGUGUCCUCAUAUAUCCUCUAGAUUUACUCCGUAAAAGAUUUCAGGUUGCUAAUAUGGCUGGAGGUGAACUAGGAUUCAAGUAUACCUCUGUAACACAGGCAUUGGUAUCUAUUUUUUCUUCUGAAGGCUUCUUUGGUGCAUAUAAGGGCCUUUCGGCGAAUUUAUACAAAAUAGUACCCUCUAUGGCCGUCAGUUGGCUCUGUUAUGACACUCUUAAAAGCUCAAUUGCAAAUUGGUAA